UUCUCUGUACAAAAGUUCUUCUCUUAGCUUCGUUUCGCUUCCUCUCUCACAAUAACCGGCCACCACACCACUUAUAAACCUUUUCUUUCCUUUUUUUCAUCAUAAUUUUCAGAAAUCAAUUCCUGAAGUUCGUUUUCUCCAUGCUGCAUCCUUUCUCUUUCUAAAUCAGAAAACUGUUUUUGCAUCAGUUUAUUCAGUCCGUAUCUAUAUCGUCAGGAAAUGUUGAAUUACGAUAUUCUAAUUCUUGAUUGGUAGCCAGUUUUGGCUGGAUUUGGGUUGUUGGUUUUGAUAUCAGAAGCAGAAAGAAAUAAGAGUUGAAAGUGAAGGCAAAUUUCUGUUUCAAUGGCUGCUUCCAGUGAAAGAUGGAUUGACCGUCUUCAGUUCUCCUCCUUGUUCUGGCCUCCUCCACUAGAAGAUCAACAGAGAAAGGACCAAAUUGCUGCGUACGUUGAAUACAUUGGUCAAUUUACAUCAGAACAAUUUCCUGAUGAUAUUGCUGAGUUGAUCCGAAAUCGAUAUCCAUCGAAAGAAAUGCUCCUCUUUGAUGAUGUUUUGGCGGUACUUGUCCUUCAUCAUCCUGAGCAUGGGCACGCAGUUGUGCUUCCAAUCAUUUCAUGUAUUAUUGAUGGUACGCUGGUCUAUGACAAGACUAGUCCUCCAUUUGCUUCUUUCAUUUCUUUAGUCUUCCCAAAAAUGGAGAAUGAAUAUUCAGAACAAUGGGCUCUGGCAUGCGGAGAGAUUUUGCGUAUCUUAACUCUUUACAAUCGCCCCAUAUACAAAACGGAAAGACAAUGCUGUGAAGCUGAAGGAAGCAGUGGCGGAAGCCAUGCAAUGACUAAUUAUUCCGUAUAUGAGGAAUCUGGGCGUAAUUCUAUGUUGCAGCAGGAGAAGAAGCCUAUAAGACCCUUGUCCCCGUGGAUUACUGAUAUAUUAUUGGCUGCACCUUUAGGCAUUAGAAGUGACUAUUUUCGGUGGUGCAGUGGUGUUAUGGGUAAAUAUGCCGCAGGAGAACUCCAGCCACCCACGAUUGUUUCUGCACGUGGUUCUGGGAAGCAUCCUCAACUCAUGCCGUCAACUCCAAGAUGGGCAGUUGCUAAUGGUGCUGGUGUUAUAUUAAGUGUUUGUGACGAUGAAGUUGCUCGAUAUGAGACUGCCACUUUAACAGCAGCUGCUGUCCCUGCCCUGCUACUUCCUCCUCCAACAACAGCUUUAGAUGAGCAUCUUGUUGCUGGAUUACCAGCUCUAGAACCAUAUGCACGUUUAUUUCACAGAUAUUAUGCUAUUGCGACUCCUAGUGCAACUCAAAGGCUUCUUCUUGGACUGUUAGAAGCACCUCCAUCAUGGGCUCCUGAUGCACUUGAUGCUGCUGUGCAGCUUGUAGAACUUCUUCGAGCUGCUGAAGAAUAUGCUUGUGGAAUAAGGCUCCCUAGAAAUUGGAUGCAUUUUCAUUUCUUGCGAGCCAUAGGGACUGCAAUGUCCAUGAGAUCUGGUGUAGCCGCAGACGCUGCAGCGGCAUUGCUUUUCAGAGUACUUUCUCAGCCUGCUUUACUUUUCCCUCCAUUAAGGCAAGUUGAUGGUGUCGAAGUUCAACAUGAACCUUUGGGUGGCUAUAUUUCUUCCGACAGAAAGCAGAUUGAAGCUGGUGCUGCUGAAGCCACUAUUGAAGCUACAGCCCAGGGCAUUGCCUCAAUGCUGUGUGCUCAUGGUCCAGAGGUUGAGUGGAGAAUUUGUACCAUAUGGGAGGCUGCUUAUGGCUUGAUUCCAUUAAAUUCUUCGGCUGUGGAUCUUCCAGAAAUUGUGGUCGCAACACCACUUCAACCUCCCAUACUCUCAUGGAAUUUGUACAUACCCCUACUAAAGGUUCUGGAAUAUCUUCCUCGUGGAAGUCCAUCUGAAGCGUGCCUCAUGAAAAUAUUUGUUGCUACAGUGGAAGCUAUUCUUCAGAGGACAUUUCCAGCUGAGUCUAUUAGUGAUCAAAAAAGAAAAACAAGAUACUAUUUUGUGGGCUCUGCCUCUAAGAACCUUGCCGUGGCAGAACUUCGUACGAUGGUGCAUUCACUUUUCUUGGAAUCAUGUGCAUCUGUUGAGCUUGCUUCACGCCUACUAUUUGUUGUCUUAACUGUUUGUGUUAGUCACGAGGUCCAAUUCAAUGGAAGCAAGAAGCCAAGAGGUGAAGAUAAUUAUUUGGAGGAAGUUAUUGAGGAUUUACUUGCAGUAUCUGAAAGCCAGAAAGAAACAAAAAACCGGAAAAUGAAGAAGCAAGGUCCUGUAGCAGCAUUUGAUUCUUAUGUUCUGGCUGCUGUUUGUGCUCUUGCCUGUGAGCUUCAGUUGUUCCCUAUGAUUUCGCGAGGAGACAAUCGCUCAGUCCCCAACAAAGUAGAAAAGAUAGCCAAGCCUGUCAAAAUAGAUGGAUCUUCCCAUGCAUUGCAGAAAUGCAUAGAUUCAGCAAUACGCCAUACCCACAGAAUUUUAGCAAUUUUAGAGGCGCUAUUUUCAUUGAAGCCGUCUUCUGUUGGUACCUCAUGGAGUUACAGCUCGAAUGAAAUAGUUGCAGCAGCUAUGGUUGCUGCACAUAUUUCUGAACUAUUUAGACGGUCAAAAGCUUGCAUGCGUGCUCUGUCUGUUUUGAUGCGUUGCAAAUGGGAUGAUGAAAUCCACUCUAGGGCAUCGUCAUUGUACAAUCUCAUAGAUAUUCACAGCAAAACUGUUGCAUCCAUCGUUAACAAGGCAGAACCAUUCGGAGCAACCUUAACUUAUGCCCCUAUUUGGAAAGAUCCCUGUGGUAGUAGUAAAAGACAAAUUCAGUUUGAAAAUAAUAGCCACCUUGAACCUGGGCAGACAUCUACUUCAUCCUCUAUACAUUCAUCCUCCUCAGAACUCGGUAAAAGAUGUGACAGAACUUCAUAUUCAAAUGAAGCAUCUGGAUGUACCUUUGGAAAAGGAGCCACAAGUCUCGCAUUUGAUGCUUCUGAUCUAGCCAACUUCCUAACUAUGGACAGGCAUAUAGGAUUCAAUUGCAGUGCCCAAAUUUUUCUUAGAUCCAGGCUCGCAGAGAAGCAAGAGUUAUGUUUUUCUGUUGUAUCACUACUAUGGCAGAAGUUGAUUGCAUCUCCUGAGACUCAACCUUGUGCAGAAAGCACUUCUGCUCAACAGGGGUGGAGACAGGUUGUUGAUGCAUUAUGCAAGGUUGUAUCUGCAUCACCUAUGAAGGCAGCUACGGCAGUUGUUCUUCAGGCCGAGAAGGAGUUGCAGCCAUGGAUUGCGAAAGAUGACAAUCUUGGUCAGAAGAUGUGGAGAAUCAAUCAGCGGAUUGUAAAAUUGAUCAUUGAACUAAUGAGGAAUCAUGAUACUUUAGAAUCAUUAGUAGUCGUGGCAAGUGCAUCAGAUUUACUACUACGAGCAACUGACGGAAUGCUAGUGGAUGGAGAAGCUUGCACUUUACCACAGCUUAAGCUAUUGGAAGCAACCGCUAAAGCGAUUCAGCCUGUGAUUGAGUUGGGAGAAUCUGGAUUCGCAGUGGCAGAUAGCCUUUCAAACCUGUUGAAGUGUCGCCUACCAGCUACAAUCAGAUGCCUUUCUCAUCCUAGUGCACAUGUGCGGGCUCUCAGUACUUCUGUUCUUCGUGACAUUUUGCAUACUUGUUCGAUUAGAUACAGUCCUAAGAGACCGCAAAAGAAUGACAUUCGUAAUCAAUACUUCAAUUUGGAUGUCAUUGACUGGCGAGCUGACAUUGAAAAAUGCUUCACAUGGGAAGCUCACAAUCAGCUUUCAAAUGGAAUGUCUACUGAAUAUCUUAACACAGCUGCCAGGGAUUUAGGCUUUGCAAUUUUAUCUGAAAUUAAGCCAUGUGUAACCAUUUAGUCUAUGCAUUUUACCUGUAAGUAGAAUUGCAAAAGGCGCACUUUCUCACACUCUUUUAUUGGUUAAAAUUUAUUGAAGAACUCAAAACUGUAAGUUUAAGGUCUUAUUUAAUGAAUCUCUCUUCUAAUGUUGUAACUUUUAA